AUGAUGCGUCGACAUCGUCAAAUAGCUUUACUUGGAUAUCCCGGUGUUGGUAAAUCAUCCAUUGCUCAUCAUUUUGUUUAUCAAGAAAUAAGUAAUGAAUAUGAUCCAAAUAUAAAAACGAAACUUUCACAUCAAUGUACAAUUGCAGAUGAACACUAUGAUUUAUUGAUUGUUGAUAAUGCUGGAUUAGAUCAAUAUACAAUAAGUCAUAGUGAAUUUGAUAAUAGUGAUGCUUAUAUUCUUGUCUAUGCUAUUGAUGAUCGACCGAGUUUUGAAAUGGUAUCGAAAAUUAGAGAUAAAAUCAUUUCAACGAGUGCUAUCGUUCGAAUACCAAUGGUGCUUGUGGGAAAUAAAAUUGAUCGAAAAGAUGAACGACGUGUUUCAACGGAAGAAGGUCGAUCAUUAGCUCGUGCAUGGAAUGUUCAUUUCAUUGAAGCAUCCGCUAAAGAUUUCGAAAGUGUAAGAAAAAUGUUUGAAAAAAGUAUUCAAUCAAUGAAUAAUAUUGAUCCAAUAGACAAUAAUCAGGAAGAAAAUUCAACAAAAACACAUUCAAAUGAAGUAAAUUCUUCAGCGUCACGGAAUGGUUUCAAUAGAAAAUCAAAUGGAAGUAUACCAUCGAAAGAACAAUCAACAAAUACAAAAUGUACUCUUUCUUAA